GAAUGCCGCAGCAGACCCCGCGGAUAGCCCACAUCACAUUUCUGUUUAGACUGGAUGCAGCACAACUGUCAUGGAUGGAUCUACAUGAGUCAAGGGGUUAUGUCGCCCCCGUGAAAGAGAAAAAAACGUAUGACUACAGUACACCUGGAUUAAUUUGAUGACGGCAGCGCGUGAGUUAACUAUUUGGUUAUUAACUGCAGCAGAGUGCGGCAAUAACUGGCUCAUUCAUCUCUCUGUUCAAAUGAGUUUUGCAUACGUUGCUUACUGGUAGUUGAAUGGUUGAUGAGUACAUGAGUGAGAUUGUGUACAUUCCUAUAGGCUAAAUGAAAAGACAGUGUAAAGAUAAACCGCAGAAUAGCCUACUCAAACCAAUCACCUAAAACAAACCGGCAGCCUACUCUGCGUUAACCGAAGAUUGUAGCCUACACUUGUUGCGCCUGAGCGUGGGAAAGAUGCUGCGCGCACACUUGAUGGCACUUGGCCUCUUGCUGUGCCCGUUAGGUCUCGCGCUGGGGUGCCAGCUGCCGACCGAAUGGCGGCCGUUAAGCGAGGGCUGUCGCGCCGAAUUGGCAGAAAUCAUCGUGUACGCCAAAGUGCUCGCUAUCCACGAGGAGCCGUAUGCCUCAAGCCUCUUCAACUACUUGCCGUACCAGUUCGAGGAGGAACGCGUCGGCGAGGGGCUACUCUAUGCGGCGGAGGUGGAGAUGCUCUGUGAUCAGGCGUGGGGCAGCAUGCUCGAAGUGCCCGCGGGCUCCCGACUGAACCUCACGGGGCUCGGUUACUUCUCUUGCCAGUCGCACACCGUGAUGGAGAACGAGUCCUAUAUCUUCUUCUUGAGGAUGGAUGAAAACUACAACCUCCUUCCUCACGGAGUCAACUUCCAGGACGCCAUAUUCCCAGACACCCCGGAGAACCGGCGGACGUUCUCCAGCCUCUUCCAGUUCGCCAACUGCACCCACGGGCACCCCCUGCAGAGCUAUACCCCUGCCUGGGAAAGCCAGGAGGACAGCAGGCUGCUGUGUUCGUCGGUGCAGCAGGUGCUGUUCGAGGAGGAGGAGCGCGUUCGCGUGCUGACGGAGCGCACGGCCGCGCUGGAGCGCCGUAACCGGCAGCUGAAGGAGCGCGUGCGCAAGCUCAAGCGCUCGGUGCGCCGGGCCAAGAAGACGGCGCGGCAGGCCGAGCGGGAGCGCCACGAGCUGCGCGAGCGGCUGAACGCGGCCGAGCGGAGGGCCGGCCACCACCUGAACGCCAUCGCACCACCACCACCGCCACCGCCGCAGCACCGCGCACCGCCGAACAAGCCCGCGCAGACCACCCCGCGCCGCUCCAGCUACAUACAGGGACUGUGAGAUGGAGACACACACACACACACACA